UCGAUUAGCAAGAAAAUAAUAGACGAAAAUGGAGGAGAUUCAUGCGCCUGUACACGACAACUCGCCGUCGAUAGAGCACAUCUUACGUCCAAUAUCUUACACAUCUUGGUGCAUGGGCGUAGGUGUUGCACAUCCGCGAAAGUGUUCAAAGUAUGUGACGAUAGUCAUACGUAUCAUUCACCUGAUAAUAUCUACGAUUUACUUAAUAACAUUUUACCAGGAAUACGUUAUGUAUCGAGGUAUACGUUUAAACGUGAUUUCAAUAACGAAAUUCAUCCACGUUAUAAAUAGCAUAAUAUACUUCAUAACGGUAUAUUAUUACUUUUAUCACGGAAUCAGGCAGUACAACUGGUCAGAGCUGAUUGACAAAAUAAAGGAGCUCGAUCGAAAGAUCAGGAAAGAAACACACAUGAACAAUCAACCAGUAAAAAUCAUGGAAGCAGUAGCGAUUCUCAUGACUUUUGUCUGUUGGCCUUUGAUUCCAAUUGUGAUACAUCUAUAUUAUUUUAUAUAUUUACGUAUGUCUUUUAUUUAUGCGCUCACUACUUGGCUGUUUUAUUACAUGAUGGCACGGUCGUUGAUCAACAGCUUCUUCUUUGACAUUGUCGUCUAUGUGCUGUAUUAUAGAUAUCAAACGAUAAAUAAAAUGCUCGGCCAUUUGGAUAAGCUAUCUGAUGCACCAUUGAUCGCUCUGAAAAUUAGACGCAUCAGAGAAUUGCAUAAUGAUAUUUGUGAUCUCAUUAUUAUGAUGAACAAUACUCAUGGACUUUAUCUUCUUUUCUGCUCGGCAAACUGCUUCUUUUUGGUCACGACUAAACUAUACGAUGCGUACUUAUCUAUGGGGAAAGAACGAUAUGCGAAUUCAUUGCUGUUUUAUACCGAUUCCAUUAUAUAUACUGUGCAAUUUGGUUUGGUAUGUUGGAUUUGCACACUCGCGCGUCAAGAAUUCGAUAAAACCAAGAUAAUUAUGUGCGCAAUUGCAUUGAAGUACCAAUCUAUGAAGUUUGAUAAAUUGAACGAUACAAGGAAUCAAUCGAGUUUAGAGGUACGACUGCCAUUGGAAGGCGCGGACAGCGAGCAAAAUUUUAAUAAGAGUAACAGUCACGAUUGGAAUUACGUUGUCAUGGAAAAUCUUUUGGGCAAAAUUACGGCUGAAGACAAUGUCAAUAACGAAAUUAAUGGGUUUUUGAUUCAACUACAACAUCGUCGAGUAUCAUUUAUGGCCUGCGAAUUCUUCGAAAUGAACAAUAAUUUGUUCUGUAGUUUUGUCGGAGUAAUCUUCACAUAUUUGAUGAUCUUCAUUCAAUUUGCUUAACAAUCCAAACAUCCGAAUAAAAACAGAUUAACUAGUAGUUUAUUAAUAGUAUAUGUGUAUGAAUAUUAUCUGUUGAAAGAAGUUAUAGUUGUAAUGCUUUGUUUAUUCUCAAUAAUUUUAUUUCGUAUUAAUGAACGUGUAAAUUGUCGCAUAAGAGAAACCAUAAGAAAUUUUUCUUUGUAUAUGAAUUAAAAGAACGGUUACUGAUUUAUGUAAAAACCUUAUUUAUGUUAUGAAUUUUACAUUAAGGGACAUAUGAUACAAAAUAAUUUAAAUAUUUAAUUUAUUGCAUAUAAAUAAUUAUUUACAUAUGUGCAUAUAAAAAAAUAAGUUUUUAAUGAUACAUUUAAUGACACGCAAUUUAAUAUUGUAGAAUUGCAGAGCUAAUACGUCGUUCCUUGUUGUGUUACAUAAAUUAUCAGUGAAAAUUCACGGCACGCUUUCGUAGAAGUGUUUUGUUACCAGGAAAACUUUAUUAUUUUUUUUACACAAUAUUCUGCGUGGGAAAGUAUAAUGUAAUCAGUUUUGUUCACGUUAAUUAUCAAGAGUAUGAAACGAAAAUGGAAAAGAUUUGUACACUGAUAAACAAUAACACGCCCUCUCUGAGGCGCGAGAGCACGUUACGUCUCCUAUCGUACAUACAUACUUUGGUUUCUAGGCGUUGGCAUUGCACGUUCGCGCAAAUGUCAUAAGAGUAUCACGUUAAUUUUAUGUACAAUUAAUUUAAUUAUAUGUUCUAUUAUUUUGAUA